AACUCGGAUAAACGACACACGCGAUGAAUCGUACGCAAGUAAAUACGGUUAGUAGAUUUUCUUACGCCGGCGCAGGUUUUCGCUGAGAAGGUCUACUAUUUUAAGCGCGUCAGUCACGAGGAUUGACUCCCUGAGGAACCACGCUUCGCUUGCUCGGCACUCGACGAGCUGCUUAAAUUCUCUUUAAGUAUUUCGAUACAGCCGCCCUCCAAGGAGUCGGUUAUAAGCCGUGGAAUACGGCUGAGAUUCGCAAUAAAUUUAUUACUAUUUGACUCGUGUUGGGCAUCUUGAGUGGUGAAAAAAUAACUAGUCUGAAGUUGUCUUCGAAUCGUGCAAAAUGGCGGAUGCUAGUAGCGAUCGAUAUAGCGUCGGGUCUUUCGCGUAGACGCAAAAGCCGGCAAUAAAACGUCUCGCCGGAAGUCGGCUGAAUAUUUCAUCGUGGAAUUAAACAGCAAAGGGGAAAUAAAAAUCCAGCUGACGAUGUUACAAGGAAUCAUUCCGAGGAAUUAAACAAUCGCGGCGAACGGAAGGACUGGAUUUUUGCUCCUAUAUCAUAGUCGCGAAGCGAAGCAUCGAGUGAGGUAGAGAGGCAACGGUAAUUCUCCUCUUGUUGACAACUCAACUUCACACGUAGCAGAUGGCACGAAAAAUUGGCUGCAUAGGAAAAUGUACGUUCGGCUUGUCACUCGAAGACCUCAGUCGGAUCACGCAAAACAUUGAACAAACGUUGAGAGAUCCGGUCGGCAGAAAGGUACUCAGGAAGUACCUGAUACAAGGUGGACGUCACGACGAUCCAAAAUGUCUUGACUUUUACGAGAGGUGUAACAGCAUCGUCUCCAAGGAGGAAUCCUUCGUAUCUCCGACGAACAGGCCAAGCGAAGAAUUUCUAAAUGAAUUUGACUCGGCGAUGUACGAGGCUGCGGAUCUUAACGAGAUUUCGGAAAUCACUUUAGCGUUGCUGGAGCGUUUUGGGGAGGCUCGGAACGGCGGACAGCGGGACGUUAUGCUGGAUGUUCUUAAGGAUGCGAUGACUUCCGCGUCCGAUCACCUCCGGAAAUCGCACACCGCGUUUUCGCGAUACGCACAACAGCCAUGUCCGAGAACCAAAUGACAUCCGAGGCCUUAUUUGCGGGCAAAAUAUUAAUCAUCGGUCAUGCGAAGUGGGUUCGGAUUGCAGGUUUUGCUGUUGCGAAACAGGGAUUUACCUCGUCGCGAAUAUAAGUGAUAAGUCCUCGCAGAUAAUCAAGCAGAAACAAAUGAUACUCGGACUCCUGUCGGUGUCCUACGAUCAAUUAUCGAGGAAAGUAUCUUUUUAUCAGACUGCACAAUUGUCGAAUGCGUAAUGCGUUCUGAAUACAUUUUCAGAAAACCCGUCCAGUAUUUAAUUUCUGAAAUACUAAACUGCUGAUAAACAUGUUUUCUACAUUAAUUGUUUAUACUCCUCGUGCAUUUAAUUUGUGAACCCAUAAAUCUACGAUUCUCAAUGGACUGUGAAUAUUUCUGAGUACCCGUGCCUUUGGUGGGAAGAUA